AUAUAUAUAUAUCAAACCCAUCCCAAAACGGCAAAAACCAUUUCCCAGCUCUUGUGUGUUGAAAUUUUCUUUCAACUCUCAAAAGACCACCAUCAUCAUCAUUCGAAAUGGCUGAUCGGAAGCUGUUCUGCACGUAUCUCCUCGCCGCCGCCGCCACCCUUGUUCUCUGCUCAGCUGUCUCCACCUCGGCGGCCACCACUUACAUGGUUGGAGACAACUCCGGCUGGGACAUAAGCACCGAUCUCGACACUUGGACUCAGGACAAGACUUUCAACGUUGGAGAUUCUCUCUUGUUUCAGUAUAGAUCCUCUGACACCGUGGAAGAAGUGAACAAACCGGCUUUCGACAGCUGCAACACGACCGACGCCAUGAGGACGUUCAACAACGGCAACACGACGGUGGAAUUGGACAGGCCUGGACCGUGGUACUUCGUCUGCGGCAACAGGCUGUACUGCCUUGGAGGGAUGAAGCUUCAGGUGAACGUGGUGGGGAAUGCAGAGUCGCCGGUUGGUUCGCCGGAGGCACAGCCAGGGGAUUCCAACCCUUCUUCCAAGAGCAACUUGCCUUCUUCAGGGUUCGUCCAUGGCGGCAGAAGGGAGUCUGUUGUCAAUGUUCUUGUAGCGUUUGUGGCUGCAGCCAGCUUGUUUCCUCAUUUCUGAUGACUGUGUGUUUGGGCUUUUGGGUUUAUCUGAGAGUGUUUCAUUUUGUACACAAGUUGUUUUAUGUGCAUAUGGGCCACACUACUAAAGCCUCGAAAUAUGAUGGAUUUUCAGUGAGAUAUUUUUUAAAAUUGGAAUUCUAUAGAUCCCAUAUCCACUGGAGUAGUUAGGCUAAUCACAACUCGAGAGACAAAAAUUAGGGGGUUUUAAGACUAUUUUAGCCUUUUAGCCCCCUCGAAAAUAGAAGUAGAUGCAACCCUGAUGCUAAAAAUUUAUGUUUCGUAUUUAGUAAUCAUAACUUAUGAAUAGUUAAAUUUAUGUUUUUUAAUUUAAAACUUAUAUAUUCCUUCACGAUAAUUGAAUACGAACAUUCCGAUGAAAUUUGAGCAAAUUCUGAGAUACUUUGUUUUUAGUUGAAAUGGAAGAAAGUUACAACAAAAUGAACUUCGUUCAUCAAAGUUACCAAGAUUUUGAACAAUUUCGGAGAUACAUUUUUUUAGUUGAAAUGGAAAAAGUUCCAAUUUUAAAUAUUUUUUUUAUUUUCAAAUAGCAAUCGAACGGUUGAAAGUUACGACGAAAUGAAUUUCGUUAGUUAAAAGCACUCACAACAACACAAGUAUAUUCAAUUUAAGUACUAAAACAAAUAAAAGCUAAAAUAAUCUCCACCAUUUUAGCCCCCUCUUAGAACCCACCCAAAGAAGAGCUAAAAUAGUCCACUAAAACCCCUUAUAGCCUAUUACCCCCCAAAUUUAUCCUAUGGUUGAAAAUGAUUUAUUGGGACUAAAAGACAGUGUUAUUAAAGUCGAGCCGAGCCGCUCGGCCCGACAGGUAAUACCGUCACCCAGUCACAAAAUCUGCUCGGAACAGCCUAAAAGCCGCUCCGAUUUUAUGUAGCGGUUGACGAGCGACCGAGGCGGUUAACCGUUCAAGCCGAUCGAGCCGCUCGUCCGGUUUUUGCCAUUCAACAGUUAAAUUUAAUUAAAAAAAUUGCAGAAAAUUGAAAAUUGAAAUAAACAAAAAACGUCGGGCUCUCAAACUGAAUCCUUAUUUCCAUUUCACAAUUUCGAAGAAAAGAGACAAGCUCUGAUUAAAAAAUGUCCACUAUUUAUACUGAUAACGUUUAUUAGGUACCAGUUCUCUAACAGUUUUUAAACGGUCUAAUGCCUGUUGGACCACUAAAGUGCGAGCCGUUGACAUUAUCGGGUCAUACUCCGAUUCGGUUCUGACAACAUUGCUAAAAGGGCAUUUUGUCCUUUUAGCCCUAGGGUUGUGGACAACUUUACAGAUUUAUCGAGUUUGAAUAUUUUUAUCUCGACAACCAUACUCAGUUUCUCUCAUUCCUAAAUUGAAAGUUUCGACGGAACCAAAGAAAUUUAGACUAAUAUGUUUCUAUAUUGUGCUUUACAAACAAAUUCUGAACAUUCGAGAACAUGCAUGAUUUUCGAAAAAACCAAAGUGCUCGAGAAAAGUGUUAUCACUUACAACAUUAUUGCAGCGUUCAAGACUUCAAGUGCUUCAAUCAUGCGAAGAAGUGGCAAUAAUAAAAAGGGGCUUUUUGCUGUUAAGUUGAAUAUAGCGAAAGCUUAUGA